AAUAAAAAAGAAAGAAAAAAAAAUAGUUGAAAAAUAGAGCUCACCACCUGUUUGAUAAAAUGUCGCAGUGUCUGAGAUUGCGGCCUCCAUGGGCCCACCGUUUCGAGGAGCUUUCCCGUGUUCAAUGCGCGAGACCCAGAAAGGCCUGCCAGCUCACCGUUCGCAGUUGCUCCACAGUUCCUCAAAAUACUCGCAAGUUAGUGGCAGAGGUUAAAGAAAAACUCGAAAAAGAACAUAAGAAUCUCCCAAUUGGGAAGUACGGAAGAGAUGACGAGGACAUGAUCCUUUGGUUUUUGAAGGAUCGAAGGUUUUCAGUUGACGAAGCUGUCUCAAAAUUGACCAAAGUCAUUAGAUGGCGAAAGGAAUUUGGCGUAUCGGGUUUAUCAGAAGAAUCAGUGUAUCGCUCUGCAAAAACUGGUAAAGCUUAUCUGCACGAGUGCUUGGAUGUAAAAGAUAGACCGGUUAUAAUAGUGGAUGCAUCAAAACAUUUUCCUGGGGAGCAAGAACCUUCUGAAGAUGAGAAGCUAUGCGUGUUUUUGAUCGAGAAGGCACUUGCCAAGCUCCCACAUGGAAAUCAAGAAAUACUUAUUGUUAUUGAUCUACGAAAGUUCCAGACACAGAAUGCCGAUAUUAAGUUUGUAACUUUUAUGUUUGAUGCAUUCUACUGCUACUAUCCGAGGAGAUUGGGUCAAGUUCUGUUCGUGGAUGCCCCGUUUAUAUUCAAGCCCAUUUGGGGGCUUGUUAAGCCCCUGGUAAAAUCAUAUGCCUCUUUGGUGAGGUUUUGCACGGCAAAGGAUGUAAAAGAAGAGUAUUUCACGGCAGAUACUGUCCCGGCUAGCUUCCGAGAGUGAAAUGGAAGGUUUAACUUGAGUUAGAUCAAACUAUUUAAUUCUCCCUUUGGACACAUUCUUGAGUUUGAAUAAAAUGAAAAGCUUUCUACUUUCAAGAAAUCAGAAGACAGAAAAUGGAUAGUGUUAUGGGUGUAAAUGUAAAUCAGAUUUUGAAGGACUAUUGUUGUAAUAUUUUAUCGUGGAACCAACAUAAAUUGGGGACCUUGUGAGGUGCAAUUUAAAAAAAAAAAAAAUAUAUAGAGAAUCCAACACAUUGUCAGUCGAUUUAACGGGUCAAAUUCUAUUGAUUAGUCGAUCAGUCGCAUUUUUAAGAAUUUUGCUCCGGAAGUAAUUAUAUAUAAUAAACUAAAAAGUAUUUUUUU